GCUCGGUGGUCAGAGGGCGUCUCGCAGAGAGACCGGCCACGAAUUCACCUCCGUCAGCUCUCAGCUGUGAGUUGGUCCACUCAGCCGUCAACUCUCACCUGUGAGUUGGUCCACUCAGCCGUCAACUCUCACCUGUGAGUUGGUCCACUCAGCCGUCAGCUCUCAUCUGUGAGUUGGUCCACUCAGCCGUCAGCUCUCAUCUGUGAGUUGGUCCACUCACUGGUCAGCUCUCAUCCGUCAGCUCUCACCCGUGAGUUGGUCCACUCAGCCGUCAGCUCUCACCUGUGAGUUGGUCCACUCACCGGUCAGCUCUCAGCCGUCAGCUCUCACCUGAUCCGAAGCCCUGCCGCGUUGCCCCUCGCCUCGUGCCCGUGGAUGAUGGCGUCGGCGCUGCGACUCCUGCGGCUGUCCGGGCCCGCACGGGUGCCCCGGGGGUGGCCGACGGUGGAAUCCAGGGCCCGGCACAGCGGUGGCGCGGAUGCAUCGUGCGCGACGGCCACGCCGGCGUCGUACGACGUGGCGGUUGUCGGCGGUGGCAUCGUGGGGCUGGCGUCGGCGCGGGAGCUGCUCCUGCGCCACCCGAGCCUCUCCUUCAUCAUCCUGGAGAAGGAGAGAGCUGUCGCCAGCCACCAGAGCGGCCACAAUAGCGGAGUGAUCCACAGCGGCAUCUACUACAAGCCGGGCUCGCUGAAGGCGAAGCUGUGCGUGCAGGGCGCGGACCUUGCCUACGAGUACUGUGACAAGAAGGGCAUCCCCUACAAGCGCUGCGGAAAGCUGAUCGUCGCGGUUGAUCGGGAGGAGCUGCCCCGCCUGGACGACCUGUACGCGCGGGGGCUGCAGAACAACGUGCGCGACCUGCGCUUGGUCGGCGAGCAGGAGAUCCGGGAGAGGGAGCCCCACUGCAAGGGAAUCAAAGCCCUGGACUCGCCCUACACGGGGAUCGUCGACUGGGCCGAGGUCGCCCGCAGCUACGGCCGCGACUUCGUGGAGAUGGGCGGGGAGAUCCGCACGGGCUUCUGCGUGUCCGGGUUUCGCGAGACGGCCGAGGGAGCCGCGGGCGGCGCGGAGGGAAUGAAAUACCCAAUCACGGUGACUGGAAAAAAGGGGGAGGAAGUGCACUGCCGGUUCGUGCUGACGUGCGGCGGCCUCUACUCCGACCGUCUGUCACGCCUCUCCGGCUGCAGCUCGGAGCCUCGCAUCGUGCCGUUCCGCGGGGACUACCUGGUGCUGAAACCCGACAAGACCUACCUCGUCAAGGGCAGCAUCUACCCCGUCCCCGACCCCAGGUUCCCCUUCCUGGGCGUGCACUUCACCCCGAGGAUGGACGGCACCAUCUGGCUGGGCCCCAACGCCGUGCUGGCGUUCAAGCGCGAGGGCUACCGCCUCCUCGACUUCAGCGCCCGCGACUUCCUCGACGCCAUCUUCUUUAGAGGACUGCAGAAGCUGGUGCUGCGUAACAUAUCGAAGGGGAUGAGCGAGAUGUAUCGGAGCAUCUUCAUCGGAUCGCAGGUGAAGCUGCUGCAGAGAUACAUCCCCGAGAUAACGCUCGCCGACGUAACACGGGGCCCGUCGGGGGUGCGCGCCCAGGCGCUGGACCGCGACGGCAACCUGGUGGACGACUUCGUCUUCGACGGGGGUCAGGGGUCGCUGGGCAGCCGCGUGAUGCACGUUCGCAACGCCCCCUCCCCCGCCGCCACCUCCUCGCUGUCCAUCGCCCGCAUGAUCGCCGACGAGGUCAAGCAGCGCUUCCAGCUUUGACAUCGUCAUCGCCGCCGCCGCCAGUGAUGGUGGUGCCGACGAUCGUCGCGCGUCGAGUUUGUCAUCGGAAGUCUCAAGACGCCUCCGUCAUCGCGAUGGGAUUAAGUAGGCGCGGGCUAAUCCAAGGGAGUGCGGAGGAAACAGCGUUCUGUGCCUGCUUAAGCCUAUUGUGGCUGUGGGGGUGGAAAUUUCCAGACUAUUAAUCUCCUUUGCCGUAGUUGAAAUAGUCUCGCUUGGUAAUGCUGGUGUUCAAUCAAAUCUGUAAACGAUGAGAACAGAAAAAAAAAACCAUCGGAACAGAAAAAUGGCUGUGUGAUCCUGGCGUGCCCCGUAUUUGUUUAACGUGUGUCAUUGUUACUUGAAUGUCCUGUCACCUCCCUCCCACAUCCAUAUUUGUCAUCUGCUCCAUUAUCUCCGAGUAGGCUGGGAGUAGCUGGCCCUCUGGCGGCAGGGAAGGAGGGCGGCGUCGGGUCCACACCUGGAGCGAUAAAUUGCGCGCAACUUUCUUACAGGAAAUAGAAUUUCUGGUAUGUGGACUUCUCGGCAACCAGUUGCGAGCAGUUGCACAACCGGUUGCUCAUAGAAACGAUGGACUCUCAGGCAUUGAUCGACUCGGUGAUUUGUUGCGAGAUAUUUCAUGUGACACAUUUGGUUAUUGCUGUCCAGCUUAAUUUUGUUGUUGCGCAACGACUUUCUCAGAUGUGGACAAAGCAGUUGGAGGCUAAUUUCGUUUUGCGAUUUCGAGAGGAAUUCGAUCAGACAUAUGUGGUACCGUGCCUUUAGGCCCACGUGUAAUCUCAACGCCACCAGUGCUCUACCAGUGCUUCUGAAUGUUGCUGUUUGGUUUUUAUUCCAUAGUCUUCCACUCUGGGUUUUGUUCUAAGUGUUUGAAACACGGGUGUAGUCCUGGUGGACUUUUACCUAUCUCAGGAAGUUGACAGGUGCUUUAAGUGCUCUCUUAGCUGGGCGAUGGUGGCUAUGCAACCCUGCAAUCCAGCGCUAUGCAGGCGAGGGUUGUUAGAUCGCACAAAUGGUUCUGAAACUCCCUUCACGUGGGCACAGCGGAGGAGCCAUAUCCUGGCUCGUCAGGAGAAGGCGAUACAGCAAAUAUGGGAACGACCUGUUCCAUCUGUACGGGAUAUAGUGUUGCCCCGUUUGCUCCUUCACAUGUAUACAUGUAUGUUGAACUUCUUACGCACCGUACGUACGUAGCCAGUCGCGCUAAUCGGUGGUGCGGGGGAAAGACAACAAACUAAACACAAAAAGCAGCUCUAAAGAAAUCCAUUUUCAAUCCAGAUAAUGUAAAAGUGCAUAGCUCCAGUGGCUUCCUAAUAUUGCAAGGAAGAGCGUUCCGGACGGCCGCAGAAGCGCAUCUGAAAGCGCGUGAUCCGGUGACCGUCUUUGUUCGGUGGUUAGCCAAAAACCGCCGUGCGGAUGACCAGAGUCUGUGUGAUGGUUUAUGCUCCUUGACCAGAUCGGCAAGGUGUCGUGGUUCAUUGCUGGCAUGCACUUUGUGUGUAAUGAUAUAUCGAGGACCGCUAGAGCUUGGGGAAAAUUUGCACCGGCUCACUGCAUCGGCUGCAUUUCUCGCUUGUCUGUGGUUCCGAGUUGUCCUCGGGCUUUGAUAGCGAGCCAGUGCAUUGCAAGUUAAAAUUAUUGUGAUGUUUGCACAAACCUGGGCUAUUACUGAGCGAAUGUUUAAAAUGUGCAGGGCCUUUGGUUCAGCUCAAAUGCACAGAAAAGCUAUAGAGCUAAAAACUUAAGGGCUGCAGAUUUUACAAAUGUUAAAUGUAAAUGAAUUUGUAUGCAAUGAGCAGGUUACCUGCCGAUGUGUAAUUUAAAUUCGGGUGAUUUUUCUUUCAAGAAAAUGCCAUUUUAAAUGCUGUAUUUGUUUACCUGUCGCUAGACUUAAUAGUUAAUGUACACUCAUUCCAGACAAAGCGGAAUGUGUGGGUUGUUAACUUAAUUUGUCAUACAGUAUUACUGCCGAUUGUAAGACGUCUGUCUGGCGUGAAAUUGUAGGCCAUACAUCCUCACAAGAUGUUCUUAUAACUCUCUUCAGUGGAGGUCCUUCCACCUCGGUGAGGUGAGCAAGCAAUUGCAGGGCUGCUACUUUUAUCUGUUACCAGCAAUAUCCCUUACCAGCAAUAUCCUUAACACUUUACAAGCCUCUCGAUUUGACCUGGGAACAGGCAAGUUUCACUCCACAUAGAUUAAAUGAAAUGAUCAGUACAGAUCAACAUAACGUUGCAACUCCCCGCAACUGACAAUGUUGUGUGGUCGUAUGACCCCCCCCCCCCGCCCCUCCAUGGUCUGGCUGAUUGAGGUGCCUUCUCCAAAUUGAGUGAACGCACACGCGGCAGAAAAACAUGCAGGCUGCAGCAGAGGUCGCAACCGGGUACCCGAUACCCGUACCCUACACGUACCCGGCCGGGUACGGGUAGCCGUUUGCGACCCUGGUGCGGCCGGAUACGGGUACGGGUAGGCCGUGAGUCACUGGUGAGUAACCGUUUGUCACUCAAUAUCGGGUAGGGUACGGGUAGGGAACGGGUACCCGGCCUGGUACGGGUAACCAUUUGCGACCCUGGUACGGCCGGGUACGGGUAAGGAAUCUAAACCCGUUUGCGACCUCUGGGCUGCAGUGUUGCAGCGUCAGUCAUCAGGUGGCGCUAAGGCCCCAUGCAUUUGAAGCCGCUCGACCGUGCAGUCACCAAUAUAGUCGGCCAGAUCCUCCCGUCGUUAUACUCAUAAACUGAAAAUAUUUCGUCUAUAAAAAUGCACUAAAAUUAAUAAUAUAUACACACAUAACAGGUGACGUAUUUCCUAUCAAGAAAGGCCAUUACCCAAAACGUCGCUUGCUACAUCGCCUUUUCCUUCAGGUUUUUAAGGAAUGUUGGGGUUUUUUGUGCUUAUGCACUGCUGCCAACAACACACUCACAUUUUAAUUUUCUUCAUAAUCAGUUGAGGUCCCUCUGACCUCAUCUAUUUAAAUCAUCUCUGAACAGAGACGUGGGAACUUGGGAUUUUGCUAUGCAUGGGUGUUACCAAAUGAACAUUUGCACACACACACACAAUACACUAAGACAAAGAGAGAUGUUGAUUCUUGGAUCUGCCGAUGACUUUGCCAUGUACGUUCAAUUUUGUCUGCGCUUGAUUUUUAAGGUAGCUUUCCCCGGGACAUUAAAAGUCCUGGAUUUGUUUAUGUCCGGUUUUUUUGCAAUACACAGUACUAUGAUUUACCGCUCA